AGAGAUCCGCUGAAUUAAAAAAGCGCGGGAUGAACGACACGCUAGCUUGCGUCACUCUCUAACCGUUACUUCUCUUUUCACCGACUUAAUUAAACUCAUCCUCUCCACAAACACUAACAAAAAUCACAAAAAUAAAUACAAAAUUCUCAAUUAAUCUCGAAAAUGGUGCACACUGCAUUCGACAUUUCGCAAUUAAUCGCCACCUCGCCGUACAAAAUCAACGCCGUCGAAUCGUACGGUCACGAUUUGCUCAUCAGCUCAUCGGACGGCUGUCUUCGCAUUUACUCGCCUGAAUCCACUGCUUCGACGACGCACGACGUCGUUUACGGAACCCUAGAGCUGAGAAAAGAGGCGUAUGUGCUUCAACGGACUAUUAAAGGCUUUUCGAAGAAGCCUAUGGUGGCGAUGGAGGUGGUGGCGGCGAGAGAGCUGUUGAUUUCGCUCUCGGAAGCGAUUGCGGUGCAUCGGUUACCUAAUUUGGAGAUUGUUGCGGUGAUUGGUAAGGCUAAAGGUGCGAAUGCGUACUCGUGGGAGGAGAGGAGAGGGCUUUUGUGCUUUGCGAGGCAAAAGAGGCUUUCGAUAUAUCGACAUGACGGUGGAAGAGGUUUUGUGGAGAUUAAAGAGUUAAGUGUUCCGGACACGGUUAAAUCAAUGUCUUGGUGUGGUGAGAAUAUAUGCUUAGGUCUCACUAGAAAAGUGUACAUGAUAUUGAAUGUCACAAGUGGGACAUUGUCUGAAGUGUUUUCUUCGGGGAGGAAUGCUUUACCUCUAGUAGUGUCUCUACCAUCUGGGGAACUCCUAUUAGGAAAGGAUAAGGUUGGAGUGAUUGUAGACCAAAAUGGGAAGCUUGUUCAAGAAGGAAGGAUCUGCUGGUCUGAGGCACCAGCAGCAGUUGUCAUUCGAAAGCCAUAUGCGAUAGCUUUAUUGCCAAGACAUGUCGAGAUAAGGUCUCUACGAUUUCCUUAUCCAUUAAUACAAACAGUCGUACUCCGCAAUGUCCGUUGUCUUGUCCGUAGCAAUAAUACAGUUAUUGUUGCACAAGACAACUCGGUGCAUGGACUUUUUCUUGUCCCUCUUGGUGCUCAGAUUGUACAGGUAACAGCAUCUGGUGACUUUGAAGAAGCCUUGGCAUUGUGCAAGAUGCUUCCUCCAGAGGAUUUGAACCUUCGAACAGCAAAAGAACAGUCAAUUCAUAUAAGAUAUGCACACUCUCUUUUUGAGAGUGGGAGCUAUGAGGAGGCGAUGGAUCAUUUUUUCCAAUCUCAAGUUGAUAUCACCCAUGUCCUCUUUUUAUAUCCAUCUCUUACGCUUCCCAAAUCAUCUACGGUGGCUGAAGCAGACAAGUUCUUGGACUUCGCGGGGGAUGCUUUAUCAAGAGCUUCGUCCGAUAUGUCAGACGACUUUGGAACUCCAUUUUCCCCAUCAAUGGAGACUGAUGAGAGAUUAGGUCUUGAGUCCAAGAAAAUGAGCCACAAUACUUUAAUGUCUCUCAUUAAGUUCUUGCAGAAAAAGAGAUUUAAUAUCAUUGAAAAGGCAACUGCAGAGGUGACUGAAGAGGUAGUUUCAUAUGCUGUGGGAGAUCAAACGAGUAGACCUAAUAUAACAAUCAGGGGCCGACUUGACAACCCUAAAAAUUCAGCUGCAAGGGAUAUGGCAGCAAUAUUGGAUACCGCCCUUGUCCAAGCUCUGCUUUUAACCGAACAAUCUUCAGCUGCUAUUGAGCUGAUGAAAGGUCUUAAUUAUUGUGAUGUUGAAAUAUGUGAGGAUUUUUUUUUGAAGAGGAACCAACACUUGUGCAUGAUAGAACUUUAUAAAUGCAAUAGCAUGCAUCGUGAGGCUCUCCAACUUCUUCUGGAACUAGUAGAAGGGUCAAAAUUUGGGACACAUAAUGCCGAGAUUCAUCAAAAUUUCAAGCCGGAGAUGAUAAUUGACUAUCUGAAACCUUUAUGCGAGAUUGACCCUAUGCUUGCCCUGGAGUUCUCGAUUCCUGUUCUUGAAAGCUGUCCAACACAGACUAUUGAGCUCUUUCUAUCUGCAAAUAUCCCUGCAGAUUUGGUUAAUUCUUAUUUAAAGCAACACGCUCCAAAACUACAGGCUACCUAUCUUGAACAAAUGCUUGCACUUAAUGAAAAUGGAAUCUCUGCUAAUCUUCAAAAUGAAAUGGUCCAAAUUUAUUUUUCUGAAGUGCUUGAUUGGCAAGCCAAGCUUAGUUCUGAAGAGAAGUGGGACGAGAAAGAUUAUUCUCCUACAAGGAAAAAACUGUUGUCUGCUUUGGAAAGUAUCUCAGGAUCUAAAUCGGAAGUUUUGCUUAAGCAACUUCCACAGAAUGCUUUGUAUGAAGAGCGAGCAAUUUUGCUUGGAAAGAUGAACCAACAUGAGCUUGCGUUGUCGAUAUAUGUUCAUAAGCUUCAUGUUCCACAACUGGCACUGUCCUAUUGUGAUAGGGUAUACGAGUCUGGACUGCAUCAACAUUCUUCGAGAACAUAUAGCAGCAAUAUAUACCUUACUCUACUGCAAAUCUACCUCAAUCCUCGAAGGACAACAAAAAAAUUCGAAAAGCAAAUAAAUAAUCUGAUAUCAUCAGUAAACACCAGCAUUCCAAAGGUUAGUUCCUGGAAUUUAAUCAAGACAAAAGGAGGUCGACUAUCCAAGAAAAUUGCAGAGAUAGAGGGUGCAGCAGACACCAAUAUCAGCCCAGGUAGCACAGAUAAUGGGAAAAGCGACGGCGAUACAGAUGAUAUGGUUGAGGAAGAAGGUUCUAAUAUUAUGAUUGAUGAGGUCCUUGAUCUUUUAGGUCAGAGGUGGGAUCGCAUCCAUGGAGCGCAUGCCCUAAAACUCCUACCGAAAGAAACCAAACUGCAGAACCUGCUUCCAUUUCUCGGACCCCUUGUGAAAAAAUCUAGUGAAGCAUACCGAAACCUUUUGGUGAUAAAGAAUUUAAGAGAGAAGGAAAACCUCCAGGUCAAAGAUGAACUGUAUAAACAUAGGAAAACGGUUGUGAAGAUCACCGGAGAAAGUAUGUGUUCUCUCUGCAACAAGAAGAUAGGCACUAGCGUCUUUGCAGUUUAUCCCAAUGGCCAGACAAUUGUGCACUUUGUUUGUUUUAGAGAUUCACAGAACAUGAAGGUGAUCAGCAAAGGCACGCCACUGCGGAGGUAGUGAUGGUGGAUAUUCAGAUUUAGUAUAGCUUGGUACCACAAAGCAGACAAGGAUGGAAACUCCAUGAGGUUUGUAGAUCUCUACAUUAAUUUAAUAUAUUUGUCAAGUCUAAUAUCAUUUCUUUGAAACUAUGAAGUUUAAACAGUUUAGGAUGGUGUUGUAUACAUCAUUGCAUCUUUUAUUUGGAUGGUGUAAAUAGAAAAUACCUAGCAUCUUUGCCCUUUAUAGAAGGAUUUUAAUUUACUAUAUAUGGAGAAUGGGUAUGCCAGGUAAAAGACAGUACUUGGAUGUAUACGAUUCUUAAAAUCAAUUCAAAUUUGCAGUGUUUGGAAAAUUGUGUAAAACUAGUUGGCUCGAUUUGUUGUUAUUGGCUUUCUGCAACCUCAACUUUCUUCUUCUUGUUCUUCGCAACAAAAGUGUACAAAAGAACACCAACUCUGGAUCCAUCACAAGGAUCAUGUUUGUGAAUAACCUCUACAUCAAAAUCCUUCUUGGCUUUCUUGAAAAAUACACUUUCUUUCUUCCACCGCUUCAAAUGAGACAUCACAAACACCAUUUCCUUCUUUGUUCGGUCACCCAACAAAAAGUAUUUCAAAGUCUGCAGCAAAGGAUUGUAGAGGUGAUCAUGAUACACUACAUCAGACCCCAUUAUGACAUCAUACUCAUCAUUCUCUUUAAUGGCUUCCAUCUCCUUCUCCACUCCCCACCCUAGCGCAGCCACCUCCACUUUCCCUCCGUUGAGCCCCACUGCAUUCAUGUUUGCUUCAGCAUUGAAUUUGAGAUUAGGUAUUACGUGAGAAAGAUCAGUGACAGUCACGUGAGCGCCAAGUAUGGCAGCAGCCGCUAUUCCAACCAGGCCAGUGCCAGACCCGAGCUCCAAAAUGCGAAGUGGCCCCAAAUGAGGGCGGUUAAGCAGACUGGAGAGGGUAGUGGAGCUGCGGUCAUGACGAUCAAGGAGGGAAACAAAGGCGGUGGCAGCUGGCCAGAGCUGGAAGGACAGGCCCUGAGACGGCAGCUGUCUGAUCACCACCGCUGACUUUAUAGACUCGAGGUUAAAUGUCUGUUGAUGAUGGUGUAGCACCAGAUCAUCUAUGGCCUCCGGUUUUCCUUCUUCGUGUUCUUGAACUAAUAGCACAGUGCAAGGGUUAAUUUCCUGGUCACUAUCCUCUGCCUCUCUUUCUGUUUCUUUGGUGUUUCUCAUACUCAUGAAAUUGGUUCAAAAUUAGUAGCAGUGGCAGCCGCCUCCUUUAUGGAAUUUAGGUCAGUUUUUCACAAGAGAUUACAAGUUGCAGGGUAAUGCUUAGAAUCUAUUCCAAACAAUGUCAUGUAUUUAAUACUAGUAUAAUCGUCAUUACAUCUACUCAGCCAACUACUUCUAAAAGUUGUUACUGCAUAUGUAAGAGUAGUACAAGUAUAUGAGUAACUUACUAACGAA